UAAAUUAACGAUCAUAUGACAAUAUCAAUGUCAGCUAGAAAUAUACCAAAAAUAGUGCUCACUAGGCCAUUGAUGCCUGAGAUUAUGUCUAAAUUCACACAAUCCUCACGUCCUGUUAAUCUAGUCAACUGGAAGGAGGAUAAGCCUGCGCCACGGGAGUGGUUACUCGAGAACUCGAAGGAUGCCGAUGCCCUGCUCGUAAUGCUCUCAGAUAAGGUCGACAAGGAGCUCCUCGAUAUAGCAGGAUCGAGAUUGAAAGCAGUGAGCACGAUGUCAGUUGGAUACGAUCACUGCGAUCUCGCACAACUGAAGCAGAGAGGGAUUAAGCUUUCGAAUACACCAGACUUACUGACGAGUGCCACGGCUGAGACAGCCGCUUUGUUGUAUCUAGCUGCGACGAGACGUGCUGCAGAGUCAAUCAAAUUCGUCGAACGCGGUGAAUGGCCUCAAGUUGGAUGGGGUCCUCUUCUCAUGGCUGGUCAACUCUCAGAAAACAAGACACUCGGAUUCUUAGGCUUCGGUCGUAUUGCACAGGCCACUAUGCACAGAUUGGCUGCUUUCGGUAUAAGAAAUGUUAUCUACACUGAUUCAGGACGGACCGACAAAGCGGAAAGAGAUGCAGAAUUAUCCCAUAAAUAUGAUAUAAACAUCAAACGCGUAGAUUUGGACGCUCUCGCUCAUCAAUCAGAUGCUGUAAUUCUACUUGCUGCGAUGAGUCCAGACAUGAAACACAUCGUUGGAAGAGAUUUCUUACAAAAGAUGAAGAAAACUGCAGUAGUAAUAAAUGUUGCUCGCGGACCUCUAGUUGACACCGAUGCACUCAAUGAAGCAAUCAACGAGGGUAUAAUUGCAGGCGCGGGCUUGGAUGUCAUAGAAGGUGAACCACACAUAGAUGCAAAUCACCCAGUUGUUAAAAAUGACAAGAUCUUCCUCCUUCCUCAUAUUGGUAGCUCUACUGUUGAGACACGCUACGCAAUGGCUGAUUUGACAGUCACGAACGCCAUCAAAGGCGCUUUCGGAGAGGAAAUGCAGGCUCAAGUUAAACUUUAAUUUUAGUUAUCUGAAUGUAUAUAUUCAUUGAUCGGCUAUUUUAU